GACAAUAAGGAGAAGAAGAAGAAGAAGAAGUUUUUCAACCCGGCUCAACCAAUGAAUAGUGACUGGGAGGAAACAUUUCUUUCUCACCCUGGCCGCCCUGGAGCUUGUGAACACCAUGAACACCAUGGAGCUGUAUCUGUGAAUGUUUAUCUAAUUCCCCCCCCAACUGUUCCGCAGCUAGAAAAAACAGACCGACCACUAACCAUCUUCCCUCCGGUCGCCCGCCGCGCUUUCUUACCAGUGUUUGGUCUGUGCCGUCCUACUUACCGGGAGACGCCGCAGAGAUGUCCGGGAACGAUGGCUCGACUGUUGGCCUUCUGUCUUACGAGACUCUGGUUCACGCUGUGGCAGGUGCAAUGGGGAGUGUGACAGCUAUGACCGUCUUCUUCCCUUUGGACACGGCCAAAAGCAGACUGCAGGUGGAUGAGAAGCGAAAGUCUAACUCUACUCCCAUCAUCCUAGCUGAGAUAGCAAAGGAAGAAGGCCUUCAGGCGCUGUAUAGAGGCUGGUUGCCAGUCAUCUCCAGCCUUUGCUGCUCCAACUUUGUCUAUUUCUACACGUUCAACACGUUGAAGAAGCUGACGGCAUCUGGUAGUGGAAAGUCCAGACCUGGCAAAGAUCUGCUCAUGGGCGUCGUAUCAGGGGUGGUGAAUGUGAUCCUGACAACUCCUAUGUGGGUGGUCAACACUCGACUGAAGCUGCAGGGGGCAAAGUUCAGAAACGAAGACCUCCAGCAGACCCAUUACAGGGGCAUAUGUGAUGCUUUCUCACAGAUCGUAGCCAAUGAGGGGGUGGGAGCUCUGUGGAACGGCACUCUGCCUUCUCUCAUCCUCGUCCUCAACCCUGCUGUUCAGUUCAUGUUUUAUGAGGCCAUGAAGAGGAAGGCAGGGAAGGGAAUGAGGAGGAUAUCCUCAGCAGAGAUCUUUGUCAUCGGAGCCAUCGCCAAAGCCAUUGCUACCACCGCGACAUAUCCUCUUCAGACAAUUCAGGCCAUUCUGAGGUUCGGCCAGUACAAAGGUGAUGGCAAAGGCGGUGUGACUGGGAGCCUCUCAAACAUUUUUUCCUUGCUCAUGGACAGGAUCAAGAGGUAUGGUGUUCUUGGUUUGUUCAAAGGCCUGGAGGCCAAGCUGCUGCAGACGGUGCUGACGGCUGCCCUCAUGUUCGUUGUGUACGAGAAAAUCACCGCUGCAACCUUCAAAGUCAUGGGCCUGCAGAGGAAACUAAAGCAGUGAACACGCACCUACUUGAAUACAGUACUGCAGUACUGCUCGUCAUCAGUAGGUUUUAUCAGUGCCUGGCGGUGAUAUGUUAAUGCAAUGACUUGUAUCUGUCACAACAACGUUAUAAUAAGAGAUGGGUCUGGUGUCUUUAGGGCCAUAGAUUGCUACACUCACACUGAACAUAGGGUACAAACAGAGCUGGGUGUAAUAUUUAAAAUACGAUCUCUUUCUUAACCUUCAGCUGGUUCCAUUUGUGCAGGCUUUUCUCCUCUGGUGAAUUUCAGUCGAGAUGAUUUCAUGUGACCUCACAGGAGCUUAAUUUAAUUUGAUUUUCAGAGUAAAAGAAAGCAACGGAAGUUAUGAGAAUGAAUUUGUCCCUUCAUUAUCUUACCCACACAUUUUUCUGAUAGAAGUAGUUUGUCGAUUGCAGAGUUGAACUGGCUCCAGUCUGAAUGAAAGUGCUUUCAUUCGCACAGGAAAAAGACUGUCACUUACUUAAGAAAGUCACUCGCUCGCGACUGGAAUCGCAUUUCGCCAUGAAAUUUGAGAAAAAACAUUAGUUGAGAAUUCAGAACAAAUCUGGAAAAACAUCACAUUACUGUAUAAAGGAAAGGUUUGAUGUUUGGGGAGAGAAUGAGUUAUUAUGAGUAACGUCAAUCUUCUCCGUGAAAUCUCGGCCAGAGAAUGAAUAAGCGCCUUUCCCAAAAUGUCAGCCUUUUUGCUUCGACACCAUUUGUACUGCGUUGAUCUGAGCUACUGGACCAUUCUUCACACACUCAGUUGUGUGUUUUAACUGUGAAUUUGUGAACUUAAGCAGCAGUAAUAACAAUAGCUGUGAGAAGGGGACGAAGCGAAGCUCUGAUUCAUACUUUAAGAUUUGCAUGUAAAGUGUGACAGGUUUUGAUUUUAAUAUUUAUAUUAAGUAAAAAUAAAUGUAAUAAUAUAGAUAGGUAUAUGAAUACUUAAGCCCACACAGUUUGAGAGUAAAAGUUACAUGUGUAGUAAUACUGUAGUAGGGCCUCAGAAUUACAUCACAAACAAAAUGCGCUAACAACUGAGCUUUAACGACUGUUUUCAUAUGAACCCAUGAUGCACUCAGCUGUCUGCUGUCUUCAUGAUGAUAUCGGUCAGUGUGAACAUUUCGUCACGCAGGUCUUCCAUUGCUUACCUCAGCGUCCUGCUUUGCGUUGGGCAGCCGGAGCUCGCAGUAGUUUGCAGUAUUUGUUUAUCGCAGUGCUCUUUCUCUGAUUUGGUGAGUGAAAGUCUGUCAUCUUAAAACCAUGUGAAUGUUGAUUGACUUCUUGUUGUUAAACUGGUUGUUCAAUCUGUCACCAUGUGAUUUUGCUCUAUUACUUUGUAACAUAUUUAGGAAACCACAGCCUUUUGACUGUUAAAUGUUAUUAACCAAUGCCUUUGGGGUAGCUUAGUUUCAAUGAGUGAUACUGUAAAUUUACAGUUAACAUCAAAUAAGUCAAGAAAGGGGAUUACAAUUUACACUUCUGUACAUUUUCACUUCUGUUUUAUGUUGUAAAACUUAUAAACUGUGUACUUUUGGGUUUACAUGUCACAGGUGCUCUUUAAUAACUUUUCAGGUCUUGGCUCACUUCAUGUCAAGGGACUUCUUGCCUUUGCCUUCCACUCUGAAUGCCAUUUGAUAGGUUUUGGUGUGGGCCAAGGUGUUUUGACGGCUGGGGGAUAGCGAUGAUAGUAAUGAAUGUUCGGUAAGGCUGCAAAUUUAGACUCCCAGGAAAGAAAAACAGCAGAAGUGUGGAAAAGCAGGAAGAACAAGGAAAUGUCAAUAAAUCAGAUGAGGCAGGAGAACCAAAUUUCAAUUUUAACAAUUCAGAAAAAGCCCAAAGCCGGAGAACGUGUCGCUAUUAGUUAUAAAACAGCACAAAGGCAGUGACACAUUUGGACAACUACAAAACGAUGGGCCUUAAUUACCGUCUUCUUCAUUCUGUUGCUGAAAUGUUUUAUCUUUUUUUGUAUGAAAAAAAAACCCUGUAACUGCUGAUGCAAUACUUACUUGAAGUCAUCUUCACUUAUUUUACAUCACAGUUUGUUUGUUUGUUUUUUUACAUAUAUUUCUAAUUUUGUUUUGAUUAACAUACCACUGUUAUUGUUAUAACCAAUGAAUAAUAAAAGUUUGAGAAACACUA